CAUCUUUCAGAGCCUCAAGUCCCAUGUCGCCCUCUUCCCCUACGCAACACGCUCCAGGAACCACAGCGUCGUCGUCGUCAUCGUGCUUCGCUCUAGCAUGGCACGUGUGGAGCCUAUGCGCGCUCCACAUCGCCCUCGUCCUCUCCUCCGUGGCCGCGGCCGCCCUCAUCGUCGUGCUGCUCCCCUUCGCCUGCGCGGCCGCCUCCCUCUGCCUCGUCUGCGCGAUCACGGCGCGGUUCCUCUCGUGCCCCGCCUCCUUUGCGCCACUGGAUCGGACGGCGGCACAGAGCGCCGGCGCCGACGGUGACGCGUACUCAUGGGAGGAGGAGGAGGAGCACGGCGGGGGAGCAGAGCUAGAAACACGCAGCCGGGAGUGCACCGCUGCUUACAUCGAUGGAGCCCAUGAGUCCAUCGAUCCUUACGCUGAUGAGCAAGAUCGUCGGUUUUUGUUGGCGGAAACUGGGAACUACUACUACUGCAAAAAAUUCUACGAUCUCCUGGCUUUCUGGAGACGCAAAGAGAGAGACUGGAGAGGGUGAACAGUACACACGAUGGCACAUACAGGUUCAGGCGCUCAGGGUAGUGUGAUUACGAUGUGCUUAUCCGCAAAGACUGCACUGGGCUGCAAGGUUCGAUUGUUCUGGGCCACACGAACCUGAGAAAAACGGGGUGUGUGGUUCUGCCCUGGUCCAGGCCCAUUAGGGAACCGCUCUGAUCUCUAGGUUUUUCUUGAAAUCACUAAUUAAGGAGUACUCAUUGCAAAGAACACUCCACUUUCUCAAGUCGUGACAAGUGGCGUACA